ACUCACAGUAAGUGGUCUCUGGGUGGCUCACUAUCCUACUCUCUAUUUGCGUACUCAAUGUUGAUUCGUGCAGAUUUUCUAGAAGGUGUAAUGAUGGCAUCUCCUCAAGAAAAGCAGUCUUAUCCCUUUGUAGAUAUAUAUGAUGAAGAUGAAGCUGACAAAGAGUUUCUUAUGUCUAAGCCUACCUGCUUCCUCAUCCUUGGAAAACCAGGAAUUGGGAAGAAAACACUGGCUACAAAAAUAGCGCAGAUUUGGAAAUGCACACUCAUAGAUGUUUUUGAGCUUAUAGAUGAGAAUGUAUCAGCAAGAACAGAAUAUGGAGUCAAGCUUAUGGAAUUGUUAUAUCAAGGCCAAAGUAUUCCUGAAGAAUUGAUUGUAAAGAUGUUUCUGCACAAAAUUGAAAGUCCAGAGGUUUCUCACUUCGGCUACGUUCUCUGUGAUUUUCCUACUCUUUCUGAGGAAUAUAUGACUAUAACAGAACAGAUAGAAAUAAUUAGAAAUCUAAAAUUAAAACCAGAUUUCUUGAUUAAUAUUAAGUGUCCUGACUAUGAUUUGUGCCAAAGACUCUCUGGACAAAGACAGCUUUAUACAACAGGGCAGAUAUUUCAAAGAGAACAAUGGGAUCCUGAUAUUAUUGAAAAACGGAAGAAAAAGAAGAAAGAGCCAAAUAGAGCUGGAGAAGAAGAGGAGGAAGCAGAAGAAGAGGAGGAGGAGGAGGAGGCAGCCGAGGCAGCAGCAGAUCUGCUUAUGCUGACGGAAAUUUUACCUCAUUUGGUUCAGAGACCAGAAGAUUUUUUAGAAAAUGUACAACGGAAAAUUGAUCUGUACAGGGAUACUGUGCUACAUCCUUUAGAGGAAUUAAUGGCCGAGCAGGAUUCCCAAUAUCUUAUUGAACUUGAUGGAAAUAAAUCUCCAAAUGAACUCUUUACAUCAGUAAUAUCCCGUCUUCAGUCCAUGGGCCUGAGAAAUGGAGCUCUUAUAACCAGACUUCACAGUGCAGAGGAAGAAAUGCUGGAAGGAGUAGAAAAUGACGAAAUGUUUCGGUCUCUCGCAGCUUACAAACUUGUAGCACCUAGGUACAGAUGGCGGCGCAGCAGGUGGGGACGAGCAUGUCCCGUGGCUUUAAAAGAUGGUGAAAUUGUCAUGGGAUCACCAGACCUUGCAGUCAGCUUCUUAGGCAAGAUGUACACACUUUCAACUGAGGAAGCCUUGAAAACAUUCAUGCUGAAUCCUCGCCCCUACCUGCUACCACCUAUGCCACUUCCACCUUGUAAAGUGAUAGUCAUUGGACCUCCAUUUUCUGGGAAGUCAACCCUGUGUGAGGCAAUUGCAAACUACUACACAGGAAAGGUUCUUGAUAUGGAUGUUCUUCUUAAGGGACAUUUAGAAGAAGCAAGAUCAAUACUCAUAGAGCAGACUCGUGCUGAAGCAACAGCAGCAGGCAUUGCCAAAGUGAAAGAAAAAAUAGAAAUAGAACGACUAUACAGGGAGCAAGCUGCGUUUAGUGCCCAGGAGGCAUCUAGUGAUAAGGAGUUAGAGGAUUUUGAAGAGAGUAUCCCUGUUGAUGAAAGAAGUUCCUCAGAACAACCUUCUGCUUCAGCAUCUAGAAGCCAAAGAGAUGCUACCUCGGAAAGUACCAUAAGAGAAGAGGCAUCGCGAGAGUUUUCCACAUCCCAGAUAGAAGAGCAAACUGACUCAUCAUUACAAACGUUAGAUUCAAAUGUAAGUGCCAACCAUCCAGAGGUUCAAGAUAUAGUAGAUAAAGCAAUUGAAGUCGUACUGCAGUCACCCAUAUUACUGCCACCAGAAAUAUAUGUUACUGUAUUAGAAGAAGCCAUUAUAGAGCUCACUAAAUCAAAUCUGGACAGAUUUGUGGGUGCUCCACUGAAUGGAGGAUGGGUAGUGGAUAAUUUUCCUCCAUCAGCUGAACACUGGGCAGUUUUGACAGAAAAAGAACUUCUACCAGAUAUUCUGAUUUGUUUGAAGAAUGUUGAACAAAAUGGAAAGUGUUUAAUGAAUAGACUAUAUGUAGCAAAUAAAGAUGAACUUGAUGCUAAGAUUCUAAAAAGACUAACAGAUGAAGCUUUAAAGCGGAAACAGGAGGAAGAAGAAACAAGGAAAGAACUGCAAGAAAUGUUGAGGUUAGAAGCUGAUGAAUCAGUUGGCGAAAGAGAUGUACCCACAGGAUCUUUUGAGGAACUACCUGUGUCUGAACAAGACCAGACAGAACAAUCUAUUGAUUCUGCUGCAUCUGAAGAGAAAAAAUCUAAAGAAUCAGUAGUAUCUCAGCAACCGAAGCCUGUACCAUCUGAGAGUUCUAAAGAGCAGUCUCAAACUGAGCCAGAAUCUAAAGAAUACUCUGAAAGUGAAGGAAUAACUGAGUUGCAAUCAUCUGAACAGCUGCAAGAAGCUAAAGAUAUUGUAUCUGAGCUAGGAAUCAAGCUUCCUGAAUUUCCUGAGGAUGCUUUCCCAGAUGUGCCUGAAAUGGAGCCACUUCGAAACAAAAUCAGCCAUUUCAUGAAUCUUUGGCAAAAACUGGAGCCAUUUAUUGCAGAGACACCUUUAGUUCAGGUUGCUGAUAUUGAAAUUGAAGGACAAUCUCCAGAGGUGCUGCUUGAUCUAUGUGAUCGGGCCAUGAAGAGACCUCUUAAACAUCGUGGCUGGGAAAUAACUCAAGAAGAUGAAGAUGAAGAACAAGAAGAUCUACAGGCUGAAGCAGAUGCACUGGCAGAGGAGGAAGAGGAGGAGGAAGAAGAAAAUGAUGAUGAAGGUGAAGAAGAAGAAGAAGAAGAUGAAGAAAAGAUUGUUGAGAGGAAGAGGCACAUGGGAGACACAAAACACUUUUGUCCAGUGGUUCUAAAGGAAAACUUUAUCCUUUACCCAGGAAGUUAUGACAAUGGAGCCAAGUAUCAAGACAACUACUAUUAUUUUUCAACUCCAGAAAACAGAGACAAAUUUUUGGAAAAUCCUGAAGUUUAUGUGUCUCAUAAUGAGCCAUUGAAAGUCCCUCCUCUUAGGGUAUGUCUCUUAGGUUCACAUGGAUCUGGUAAAACGAUCUGUGCUAGGUGGUUAGCAAAUAAACUAGGAAUUUUCCAUAUUCAGUUUGAAGAACGCUUACAGGAACUGAUCAUGCUGAAAACUGGGGUCAGAGUUGGGCCAGAAAUUGAAGAAGAUGAUGAAGAAGAGGCUGCUGCAAUGCAAGAAAUGGGGGAAUCUACUGCACCUGUUCCUGGCAGUGCAACUGAAAUAGAUAUGACGAGUGAAGAGGAAAAGCAGUCUCCAGAGCAGAAAGAACUGCAAUUAACAGAUGAAGAAGAGGCAAUCAAGGCAAACUUGAUAGAAAAUGAAGCCCUGCCCCCAGAGGUGCUUGAUAGUAUUGUUCUUGAAUGGUGGACAAAGGAACCCUUUCGAUCUACAGGAUUUAUAUUGGAUGGUUUCCCUCGAACAGCAGAUGAAGCUAUAUAUUUAGCAGAGCGUGGACUUUGUCCAGACAUUGUCGUCUAUCUUGAAGUUGAAGAAGAUGACAUUUCUGAUCGAAUUCUUCCCACACUUUUGCAAAAAUGGCAGGAGAAACAAAACCAAAAAAAGGAAAAGAAGCAGCGUAUAAAAGAGCAGAAAGCAAAAAUGAGAGAAGACCAAAUUAACAAAAGAAAGGCAGAACUUUUAGCAGUGCAAGCAAAAAGGAAACAGAAUGCUGCAGCUAGGCGUGAAAGUGAGGUUCUGGAUGAAGAUGAUGAAGAUGAUGAAGAUGAUGAUAUUGAAGCAGUUUUGGAAGAAGAGUUUCCAAAAGACGAGGAUGAGUCAGAAGAUGAGGAUGAGGAGCAGGAGUCUGAAGCAAUUGAACGCUUAAAACUAGAAAUUGCAGAGAAGUUUGAAGCCGAUUUGAAUAACAUUCAAACCGUACAGGAAGAAUUUGACAAAAUAUUGACACCUCAAGUAACUAUAGGAAGCAAGCGAAAACCACACAUUGUGUGUUACCAAUUGUAUAAAAAGCUAAAGGACCUAGUGGAAAAUCGUGAAAGCAUUUUUGAGAAAUGUUAUCCAUUAAGUGUGUCACUUGCACACAAAAUGAUAGCACUCUCUUAUAAACAUCUAAGCAAUUUUGGGGAAUGGGACCCUAUUGAGCUAAGUGAAGGAGAGACCAUCAAAUCUUUUCGAAGUCCCAACACUCCAACUUUUCCACUUAUCCAUCGAAACUCUAUUUAUUUUUUUGCAAGCAAAGAAAAUAGAGACAAGUUUAUGAAAAAUCCUAUCAAAUACAUUCGUCAGCCCAAACCUAAACCUACCGUGCCAGUCAAGAUUGCAAUAGUGGGGCCUCCAAAAUCUGGAAAGACAACAGUUGCCAACAAAUUUGCAAGUGUAUAUGGAUUAAAGCGGCUUUCCAUGGGAGAUGCUAUACGUAUGAUUUUAAAUGAUCAACCAGAUACUGAAUUAGCACUUAUGCUGAAGUGGCACCUUCACAAAGGAUUGACUGCACCUGAUGAACUUGCCAUCCAGGCUCUAGACAUUGCAUUGAUGGAUACUGUAUGCAAUACUUCAGGAUUUGUUAUUGAUGGAUACCCUGUAACAAGAAAACAAGUAAACAUUUUGGAAUAUAUGAAAAUUAUUCCUGUUAAAAUCUUUGAGAUGCAAAUUGAUGCAAAAGAAGUUUUCAGAAGAGCACUUCUGGAUAAACAAAGCGCUGACAGACCUCCUUAUCCACUACAUGACAGCUCUCAGAUUCUUUCUAUCAAGAAUUCAUGUUACAAAACACAAGUUGAAGAAAUCAGGCCCUACUAUGAAGUGCAACACCAGAACUGGUAUGCAAUCGAUGCAUUCCACAGCAAAUGGUGGAACUGGAACAAAAUACUUGAGGAAACACAGAUAAUCGCUAAACAAAUUCAGUUGUAUCUGGAAAGAAUAAGGCAAGGGAAAGCAGCAAGUAUUGCUGAUUUGUGUAUCACACCACAAGAACUGCUCUCUCGGUUGGGAGAGUUUGGACAAUACUGUCCUGUUAGCCUUGCAGAAAAGGGAGAACUUGUUGAUUGUUCUGUAACUCCUUCUCUGAGGUUUGCAGCAGAGUUUCGAGGGCAUUACUACAAAAUGGCUGGACAAGAAGAGCUGGAUAAAUUCCUGAAUACACCAGAAAUAUAUGUGCCCCCAUUAGCACCUCAUCCUCUUCCUCUCCCGAGUAAAUUACCAAAGAGACUGACUGCAACAGAAGUGAAGGCCUUAUUCCCCAUGCAAGCUGAAAUGCAAGGAUACUGUCCAGUCACUUACCUAGAAGGGAAGCAAAGGUAUGAAGCACUGGUGCCUGGUGACAUUGAAUAUGCAGUUCUGUAUUGCAAAAAGCUAUAUAUUUUUGAAAGUGAGGAAAAACUUCAGAAGUUUAUGAGACUGCCAGAAAAAUACUGGAAGCAAACACUGCCACAUAAACUUCCUCCCAAAAAGGAGCCAGUAUUGCUGACAGCUCUUCCCUUGACAGGAUAUCUUGAACAGGGGGUAGCAACAGCCCUAAUAAAAGCAAUGAAUGAAGUAGGCUGUUUAAAGCCAAAAUUCCCAUUCCUAAGUAUGAAAAAAUCUGCACUCCUGUUCGUAGCCUAUCAUUUGAAAGCAUUUAACCCCAGAAGCUCUGACUAUGUGCAAAAAAAGUACAAGAGGAAAUUGGACCGAUUCAUAGACAACUGUGAACUUAUCCCAUACUUAGGAACCAAAAUGACAAAGAAAUACAAAGAGCCUCAAAAUCGACCAAUUGAUUUUGACCACAAAUUACGGACCUUUCUGUCUCUCAGAGGUGUGGACCCAGCUUCUCUUUAGUUUGGAACAUUGCAUAGCAAUAAAAAGUCAAGACAGUCAAAUCUGAAUGCAAAAUUCUGAAUAGACUAACUUCUUUGAGUAGAUUACAAAAUGAGCUUCUGACCAGGCUGUCAGUUAGGCCUUUUCCAGCCGAUGUGGCUAACACUGAACUGUAUGUUUCAUGUAUUUAAACAGUUUGCCAACUGUUCCUGUCAGGUUUGCAAGAUUCUACUUCAUCCUAACCAAUCUUUACUUGGGAAAUAAGCUGCACUGAUUUCAGAGCACUACUUUUAAGUUUGUGUUAAUACGUAGAGUAUACUCCUUCAGCCAACACUAAAAGAAUACAUGUUUAAUUUUUAAAAAAAUGUUUUCAAGUGAUCACUCAAGCUGACUUUUCAAUCAAUUGUUGCUAUGUGCUUAAUCAUUAUGUAGCAUUUAAUUGAAUGCUUUUGGUUUUCAAGUUUUGUGUUCCUUUAAGUUUAUGAAAUAAAAUUUUUCAUUUUCUUGAAAUAAA